UGCAAGUCCUGCUGGACUUGCAGCAAGCGUGGGGGCGGAAUUUCUCUGGCUGGGUGGCUGGGGGGGACUGCAGCUUGGCCUACUACUAUGUGGACUGCGAUGAUCAAGGCAUGGUGACCAGCAUGCAUCUGUCUAACAAAGGCUUAACCGGGUCCAUUCCAGAUUACAUCAGUGCCUUGGACAGGCUGAGCUAUCUCGAUCUCUCAUACAACGACCUAAAGGGUGCCUUGCCUUCCACCAUCGGUUCUUUAUCCAAUCUUCAACUCCUUGAUCUAUACUCCAACAAAAUGAGCGGAGCAGUACCCCUGUCUUUGAGUGCACUCACCAAUCUGGUUCUCCUUGACCUAGGGAACAAUGCAUUCUCAGGAAGCUUCCCCACUGGCGUGUCAAAACUAACUCAGCUCUCGUUCCUAUCGCUCUUUUACAACAAUUUUGAAGGAUCGGUUCCCUCAUCCAUCUCUCGCCUCUCGAAUCUUCAAGCGUUCAAUCUAGGUGGAAACAACAAAUUCGAGGGGGAAAUCCUUCCAGCAGUGGCAGCCCUCAGCAGCUUGGUGGUUGUCAACCUUGCCUACAACAUUUUUUCAGGUUUUAUCCCUGUGGAGUUUGGCAGGCUCACCUACUUGCAGACCGUUGUGCUUCAAUACAACCAUUUCACGGGAAGCAUCCCAGAAACCCUCUCCUUGCUCAAGAAACUCUCUUACAUGGACUUCGCCCGAAACAUGUUCCGUGGCACCAUCCCUUCAUUCUUCGCCACCCUCACCAAACUCGACGUGCUGAACUUUGACAAUAACCAGUUUUCUGGAGAAAUUCCCUCCCAAUUGGGAAGCCUCACAAAUCUCACAUACCUAGGCUUCGCCACCAAUGCUCUCUCGGGCAUCGUUCCACCCACCCUCGGGAAUCUCCUGCUCCUCACGGCGCUAGGGCUCAACGAGAGUGGCAUGGUGUGCCCAGGAGCAGGCCAGCCGUGUGUUGUGUACCAGACCCCCUCCUCGCACUUCUGCAUCAACUGCCCCAACUUCUGCUCCUCCUGCUCCAACAGCUCUGCCCCUUCCUCUGGCUCCCCUGCUGCUAGCCCCUCCCCUCCUCCGCCUGCCAAUAGCACUCCUCCUCUUCCCCCCACAGAUACAUCUUCCUCCUCCUCGUCCGCCCUGCCUCUAGGGGCGAUCAUUGGCAUUGCUGUUGGAGGCGUACUCGUUUUUGUCCUCCUCGUUAUUGGCCUGUUUCUGCUCUGGAAGCGAAGGUCCCCCCAAGCACGUGAGCCAUCAAGCCUCCCCACAGGCGUUGGAGAAUCAUCGGUGCCAACCCAAUCACUCAUGUGCCAGCGAUACCCCUUAGAAGUGGUGGACGAGAUGUCGUCGAAUACCUUAUGCCUUCAGCGCAAUCUCAGUGCUCAUUCGCAGCACUUUCCGCAUUCCUUCAUCUUCUUGAUUCCAUUGCAGGUGGAGGAGAUGGCAUCAAAGAGCCAUCAGAGGCUCUCAUUCACGCACAUUCAUCGCCCUCAUUUGUGUUCCUGCUAA